CUCAUUCUAGCAACAUGGCUGCUGACAUUGUGCUGCUUGCUGCUGUUUCUCUGCUGUCUGCCUGCCAGCUAGCGCAUUUUGCCAGUCUGGUGGGAAAAUGUAGAAUAAAACACAAGGUGAUACCUCCUGCUGUCAGUGGACCUCCAGAGUUCGAGAGAACCUUCAGAGCACAACAAAACUGUAUUGAAUUCUAUGGGCUGUUUUUGAUUGACCUUUGGACUGCGGGUUUGUUCUUUAAUCAAGAAAUGGCAUCUCUGUUUGGCUUAUUAUACAUUUAUGGCCGGCAUGUGUACUUUUUUGGCUACUCACAGUCUGCAAGGGGCAGGUUACAUGGAUUUGCUUUCUGCAAGUUGGCAUUGAUACUACUUCUGAUCAUGUCUGCGACUGGAGUCACUAAUGGUCUAUUAGACAAGUACCUCCAUCUGAACCUGCUGAACAAAAUACAUAAUUUGAUAUUAGGAUAAAAGAAAAACACAUAUGGUUAUUAACAUAUUUUUAUCACUUUUUAAAAAAAUUGUAUCAUAUUUUUUACAGUGAGCAAGUGAAAGAUUUAAUUUGGCAUUGUCAUAAACUUAUGUUAGAAAAUGCAGGACAAUGGUGCAACUGCAUUAAUGGGUAGAAAGCAUUACAUAAUAUGC